UUAGUUACUUAUUAUGGUAUAAUAAAUUUUCAUUUAGCAUAUAAAAAAUGAACCAUGAACCUCCCACUCACAACAUACGAUCCUCAAAAAUCACAGUUACAGCUACUUGUGUUCUUCAAAAACGACAAGAAAAAGCAAUCGGGUUUUCAUUAGAUAUUUAAAUAUUCUACCUAGUAGUGGUUCCAUUAUCGUGGUGCCUUCAAUAGUUGACCUUAAAUGAUGUCAAAGUGUUCUUGCAUCUCAAGUAUUUUGUUCUAUAUUGAAGGUAGAGACGCCUAGACUAAGAGUCAGCUGUACCAUCUUCAGAAGUUCCUUAAUUUUACAACAUUUUACAACAGAUAGAACCAAAGUGAAGAAAUAUGGAGAAGAUUCACGUGGUUUUCAUCCCCUUACCAUUUCAGAGUCACAUAAGUUCCAUGAUGAAGCUAGCAAAAAUUCUUCAUUUCAGAGGGGUUUACGUAACAUUUGUAAACACAGAAUUCAAUCAUCAACGUUUACUCUCUUCAAGGGGGCCAGAUUCAAUGGAAGGUUUACCUGAUUUUCGUUUCGAAACAAUUCCUGACGGUCUUCCACCACCAACCGAUUCAAAUGCUACCCAAGAUGUCAUACCACUCUGCAUUUCCACACAAACGAACUGCUUAGGACCUUUUCGCAGUCUUAUCUACAGACUAAACAAUGCCACAAAUGUCCCUCCUGUGAGUUGUAUUGUUGCUGAUGGUUGUAUGAGCUUUACUCUAGAAACUGCGAAAGAGUUCGGAAUCCAAGUUAUGUUGUACUGGCCAAUUAGCUUUUCUGCCUUCGUUUGUAUUAUGCACUUUCCUAAUCUCAUCCAAAGAGGUCUUGCUCCACCCAAAGAUGAAAGUUACCUAACAGAUGGGUACAUGGAUACACCAAUUGAUUGUAUACCUGGUAUAAAAGAUAUUAGGUUUAGAGAUUUACCAAGUAGUAUCCGGACUACCGACCCUAAUGAUCCCAUGCUUGGUUUUAUAAAGCGAGAAACUGGAAGAACUUACGAUGCUACAGCCUUGAUUUUCAAUACCUUUGAUACCUUGGAGAUGGAGGUUCUAGAUGCACUCAAGUCUCAGCUGCCACUGCCCCCAAUUUACACCAUUGGUCCUCUUCAUUUACUCCUCAAUCGGAUUCCUUUAAGUGAGUCGCAAUCUCUUGGAUCAAAUCUGUGGAAAGAAGAUACAGAGUGCUUGAAAUGGCUUGAUUCCAAAGAACCUAACUCGGUCGUGUAUAUUAAUUUUGGCAGCAUCACUGUUAUGACAACACAACAACUCGUCGAAUUCGCAUGGGGACUAGCCAACAGUAAGUAUAAUUUCUUAUGGAUCAUAAGACCUGACCUGGUAAUUGGUGAGUCGGCUACGUUGCCAGCUGAGUUUACAAACGAAACUAAAGAAAGGGGACUACUAGCAAGUUGGUGCCCGCAAGAGGAUGUCCUGAAUCACCCGUCGAUAGCUGUAUUCUUAACGCACUGUGGUUGGAAUUCUACUCUCGAAAGCUUGAGCUGUGGGGUUCCUUUGCUCUGUUGGCCGUUUUAUGGAGACCAACAAACAAACUGCAGGUACUCAUGUAAUCACUGGGGAGUUGGUAUGGAGAUAGACAGCAAUGUUGAGAGAGAUGAAAUUGAGAGGUUAGUGAGAGAGUUGAUGGAAGGAGAGAAAGGUAAAAAAAUGAAGAAAAAAGCCUUGGAGUGGAAGAAGAAAGCGGAGGAAGCCACUUCGCCGGGCGGUUCUACUUGCGUUACUAUAGACAGGAUCGUAAGCGAAAUAUUUGGUAGCAAAAUUUCAGGCCAAGCAACCAAAUGAUUGCAGGGGCUCAGGUGGAAUUACAGAUACAAGUAGCUAAGCGUUCCUAUUUACUUAACUAAAUGUAAAAUUUAACGAAAGAGCACAUUCUGCAUUCUGGAAAAUUUUAUCAGGAAGUAUGUAAAUUACAAGUAUGAGUGCAGUCAAAUCUGUGAAAUCUAUUAAGACUUAUCUAA